CCGAAAGUCGAGUAACGGUAACUUGUAGCUUUGGAAGGACAACUCUGUUAUAGAUACAAGAAACUUCUUGUUCGCGGCCACGCUGGCGUUGCCAGAUAGCCGCCAUUCGUAUUCGUCCUGCCAACCUCGCCGUUCGCCGUUCGCCAUUCGCCAUUCGUCAUUCGCCGCUUCGCACGCAUGUAAUGUUGUAGGACAAAAGCUCCUGCAGAAGGAGCCACGGAAAGGAAAGGAAAGGCCACACUACUCGCCUGGCUCUACACAAAAAAGUGAUACACACGGAAAAAUCGCUGGCAUUCAGUCACCGUAUACCGAGGCGAGAAGCGCGUCGCGUCCGCCUGCGAGAAGAAACGUGGCCGAGAAACGGUGACCAGGACAGGAUAGUUAUAAUUUAUAUUCACUGCAAGUCCCAGUCCCUGACAAGACGGUAGCAUUUGACUUUUUGUUUGUGUGAUGUGCUGUGCUCUGCUGUGCUAUGGUGUCCCUGUACGUGCAACGGUGAAGGGAUAACGAUAACGAUAUAGUAUAGUAUAUACACACACAAGUGCGCGAGUGUGCGUGUGUGUUUGGGGCCACGUGAAGGCUAAGGCGCGCAACAACAGGAGCGGUUGGGAUAGAGAUAGAGAUAGAGAAAGUGACAGUGACAGUGCUGGCGAAAAACCGAAAGUGAAAAUUGAAUACGAGCGUGCGACAGAAACAACGGGCGCGGAUCCUUCAGCCGUAAACUGUUGAAUAUAGAAUGACGUUGCUGACCAAAAUCAAUGUGAAGCACAAAGAAGCAACAGCAGUUGUAACUGUAACAACAGCCAGGAUCCCCAGUCUGCGUUGCUCCCUCAGCUAAAGAUAAGGAUAAGGAUAGUAAGUGCGAGCGAGUGAGAGAGUCAGCGAGCGAGCGAGAAAAAGGCACUAGCACUUGAAGGACCCUUUGUGCGAAGGCAGCGCAUUCAAGUGCAACAAUCGCCGAAUUCCUUUGCAACACAGGACACCCACCGCCCUACCCCCGCUGCGCCCCCGGAAAGAGCGCUGUCCUUUUUGGUAAUAACUGUUGACGCCAGAUACAAAGCGAAAUGAAGCCGUCGGAUUUGUUGUUGGUGCUAGAGAAGGUCAAGUUCAGGGUGCCCCUGCCGCCGGGAGUCAGCUCGACGACGCUCCUGCCCAAGCUCAUCCGCACCAAGGACGUGAAGCAGCUGCAGGACGGCAACGCACAGCCACAGAAGCCCAAGCUAACGAAAUGUCUGAACACACUGGACCUGACCUCGCUGGGCAUCGGAUCGUGCUGCGGCACGGGCAUGUACCUGGUGGCCGGCAUGGUGGCCCAGAAGAUAGCCGGACCCGGAGUGAUUAUUAGUUUUAUUAUAGCCGCCAUAGCGAGUAUUUUCUCAGGCGCCUGCUAUGCGGAGUUUGGCGUUCGUGUGCCACACACAUCCGGCUCGGCCUAUAUGUAUUCAUAUGUGGCGGUUGGAGAGUUCGUAGCUUUUAUAAUUGGUUGGAACAUGAUAUUGGAAUAUCUAAUAGGAACAAGUGCCUGUGCCUGUGCGUUAAGUUCGAGUUUCGAUUCCCUGACCGGCAAUGCUAUUGCGCGGACGAUAAGCGAGUCCAUCGGCACGAUAUUCGGCAAACCACCGGACUUCAUUGCCUUCGGCAUCACGCUGCUGAUGACCUGCGUCCUGGCGAUGGGUGCCAGCAAGUCGGUCAUCUUUAACCAUUCCCUCAACGCCGUCAACCUGGCCACGUGGGUGUUCGUCAUGGCCGCCGGCCUGUUCUACGUGGACACGAAGACGUGGUCCGAGCACCAGGGAUUCCUGCCCUACGGCUGGAGUGGAGUGUUUUCCGGUGCCGCCACCUGUUUCUACGCAUUCAUCGGUUUCGACAUCAUCGCGACAACCGGCGAGGAGGCGCACAAUCCGCAGAAGAGCAUACCCAAGGCGAUCGUGGGUUCCCUGGUCGUCGUGCUAAUCGCCUACGUUAGCGUUAGUCUAGUCCUAACAUUAGUGGUUCCCUAUGAUCACAUCAACACGGGAGCGGCUCUGGUCCAGAUGUGGUCCUACGUGAAUGCCCCGAAGUGCCGGGCGGUGGUGGCCGUCGGAGCCACGGCCGGCCUCUCGGUGGCCAUGUUUGGCUCCAUGUUCCCCAUGCCGCGCGUCAUCUAUGCGAUGGCUCAAGACGGGCUGAUCUUCAGGCAAUUGUCACAGUUGUGGCAACGCACCAACGUGCCCGGACUGGCGACAAUUGGCAGCGGACUGGCCGCCGCCCUGGUGGCGCUCACCGUGCGCCUGGAGAUCCUCGUCGAGAUGAUGUCCAUUGGCACGCUGCUGGCCUACACGCUGGUGUCCACCUGCGUCCUGGUGCUGCGCUACCAGCCGCACAGCACCUCGCUGGUGGAGCUGCUGCCGGCCCAGCUGCGCACCCCGGUGGCGCCCGGAACGGCCAGCGACUCCCGCUCCCAUGUGACGCCCGCCGAGGUGCUCGAGGUGCCCGGCAAGCUAACGAUCAAGCGUGUCACGCGCGGCAUGUCCGACUCGGACGACUCAUUCAUCGACGACAGCCCCGAGGGAUUCUUGGGCGGGCGCGACGACCAGUUCCUUGUGUCCGACCGCUCCGAGAACAAGUUCUAUGGCAGUGUGCACGGCGCACCCACCGGACCCACCGGCCAGGCGACCGCCUUCGAUGCCAUGGGUCUGAACUUUGUCACCCGGAAGAUCCACGAUUAUGCGUACCUGUGCCCCGGCUUCUUCCCCUGGAUCAAUCCCGGUCAGGCCACCGCCGAGAGUGGCAUGUACGUCACCAAGCUAGUGGGCAUCAUGUUCGGUCUGAUAUUCUUCCUGGACCUGUUCGCGGCCAUUGGGUGGUCCGGUGGCCUCGCCGCCUUCAUUUAUUUCAUUUUGUUUAUCGGCAUACUUGUGAUACUAUUGAUUAUAUCGAGGCAGCCGCAGAAUAGGUAUGCGCUGGCCUUCCUAACGCCCGGACUCCCGUUCAUCCCGGCCAUUGCCAUCACCGUGAACAUCUAUCUGAUAUUCAAGCUGAGCAUCCUGACGCUCGUCCGCUUCACCGUGUGGAUGUCCCUGGGAUUCGUCAUGUACUUCUACUACGGCAUCACGCACAGCAGCCUGGAGCAGGCCAGCGACGACCUGGAGUUGCAUGUCGACUACAGCAAAAACGUGGACGAGAAGGCCGUGUGGGAUCAGCAAUCGUACAACCAGACCCACGAGCCCGUCUGGGCCAGCAAGGAGGUGAAGCAGACGUCGACAGAGCAACGCUAUAACUACGGAAAGACCGCGUCGUCCUCCUCGUCGGCACAGGGCACCUCGAGGAGUGGCGGCCAGGGCAGUGGGGCGGAGAAGCCAUCGGGCAGGAGCACCGCGGGCCCCAGCCGACCAGUGCCACCUCCCCCGAUCCCUGGUCAGACGAGGGGAUCGGGAUCGGGAUCGGGCUCGGGCAGCAAUCCACCGAUGGAACGCCAGUACACCGGCCAGUUCAGCAUGUUCGUGGACGAGGGCCAGUUUCCCUCGUGGGAGGACUAAGCGACACCAUCUGCACAGCUCCCAGUCCGUUGCCCACACCGACCUCCCCGCUGAUUCCCGAGUGAAGCUCCACCCACGAAGGACUUUGAUCCCGAAACCGCGAUUCCGCCGGGUGCAGCUCACUCACUUGUAAAUACAACUAGAGAUGUUAAGUUUAACCAUAUGGCAAAGUGUGUCGUUACCGUUUUGCAGAUGCAUACCAUAUACAAGGCAUGUGUCGUGGGCGGCGGAGGCACUGUUCACUGCACUCCGGCCGAACCCAGCGAGGUCACCAUUAUACACCUAUACCAUAUACCAUAUACCAUAUACAAUACAUAAUAUAUACACAUAUAUAUAUAUAUAUAUUGAUUAUACAAGAAAGUAUAUAUAUUUACAUAUAUAGCGAUGGGUUAUUAGUUCAGCAAAGAGUUACAGUGCAAAGUUGCCGAGUUCCAAUUAACCGAACCGAACCCUGAUGCAAACCGACCGAUUAGCGAUAGACGAUAAGCGAAAUCACGCAGACAGCAGAUAACCAAUAACUGAUAGCCGAUAACCGAUGAUCGAUUGUGCUCAACUCCGAUUGGCAGGCGUUUUGGGUGACGUUGGUCAAUCGGCCUUCAGCACAGGAAUCGGGAAGGCAAACACCAUACACCAAUCCUGAGCAUAUUUCUGAGGGAAGGCAGAUAUAUCCGGCAGUGAGGUGGGUGUCGGGGUGGUAACGUGCACAACUGUACAUUUUAGGCACCAUCACCCCCACACUCACACUCACACCCACAUACACAUCAACAUCCAUAUCCACAUCCACAUCCACAUCCACAUCCACAUCCAUAAGAGACAAACGGAAAACCCUAGACUUGUGAAAAGAUCCCCGGAAGAGAUCGGAGGAGACCUUUCGUAACCCCAAAUGAUACAGGCCCUCUGAACCAAGACGAUCUUUGCAUAACGUUGGGAUUUGCUCACACACACAGAGACUCUCACCUGACGAUCUAAAACACGAUCCUUUUGUACCUAUGUAUGAUUCUAUUGUUGUUUACCUAUUUAUGCUAUGCAUUUUAUACGGCGCUUGGCCGAGACAGUACUGUACAGUACAGUACGCUCUGCCUACGGCCAUACCGUCUCACUCACUCUAUCGGAAUGUUAUUUGUUUUUUAUUCUAGAAGCUCGCGCUAAGCUAAAACUCAUUUUUAAGCGGCAUUUCGCGUUCGUUGUAAUACAAUUCAUUUUACUAAUGGAAUACCAAGCAAAAAUUAUACAAAUAUGCAUAUAUAUUUAAAAAAUUACCAUAUAGACAAAUACCAAAGAAUACCAAAUAUUUAUUGAACUAUUCAAACUUAAACCAAGAAUUAAACCAAAGCAAGCAUAACUACAAAUAUGUAUAAACACAAUGAUAACUUAAACCAAAAGCAAAUAUGAUAACGAAAACAUUUAUGUACAAGCAUACUUUUUUCCACUUUAUAUACAUACUAUGUACAAGCAAACACUGCAUAACUAUUUUUAGCUAAAUUACAAGUAUAUGGCAAAGUUAAAGCAAAAUCGACCUUUUUAAUAAUAAUAAUACUUAUGAUAAUUUAUUCCUUUUGUACUUAACGACUUUGUACAGGAAAGAUUCCGAAUAGCGAAUAUCAAGGAUUGCAACAAGAACUCAAUAACCUAGGGCUAGCUUCCGAUCUAGCCCCGAAACAGAGAAAAACACUAUUUAUAUACAACCGUACCGUCUAAGACAUUCGAUGGUUUGUUUUUGACUGAUUUCGUUCGAUUCCAUUCGGUUGAUCAGUUAAAUUUCGAGUGCCAAAUCAAUGCACCCUGCACUCCUCGAACCAGUAGCCGAAAACUUAAAACAAAACUAGUUCCAUGUUUCACUCACUAUAUUACUAUAUAUGUAUGUAUUAGGGUUUUCGAAGAGGACCUUUUUGGACCAACUACUUAAGACAUAGUGCCACCCAACUGGUCCCGCACCAAGUAAUAUGUAUUCUAACUUUCUAAUUUGUUCGAAAACUCAAACCAAAUACGUUUUGUACAUACACAACUAUACAGGCAGGCAACAAGAACAGUGCGAAGGUAUAUUUUUAUGAAAAAGACACAACAAAGAAGCAACUAAACGAAGGAAACGAAACUCAGAUACAAAAGUAAUAACUAAAGAACAACAUAUCCUACCACACAGCUUAAAGUUGAGACGUAAAUCUAACGGAACUCACCGAGUCCACAUUCAACCGAUAGUUUCGAUAACCGAUCACUAAUUUCCGAUAACAACAGUCCCAUUCCAAGUUUUUUUCCAUUACCAUGUUGGGUCAAACUACUUAUUCAAACUGAUACUCGCUUUCUUAUGCGGACUAGAGUUUUUUGGCCAGUGAAGGAGAAUUAUCCCAACUAUCGGUUGAGUGUGCGCUCAGAGGAGUUUCACCCGUACUUAUGUCAUACGCAAGUGACAAAAGUUACAGUUCAGGCAAUCCAGUAACUGCGGGCUGAAGCAGCUUGCUCUUCCACCUUUCGGUUCUUUCGGUACCACCAAGUUAAGAUAAAUGUUAUGGGAAUAUGAUAGUUUUAAUAGAUUUUCUACAGUUCCAAUUAAAUGCGAAUAACAACCAAGUCAACAUAACAUGCAAUAUAUCGAUAAGUGUAAAGGAAAAAAAAACCAAAAGCUUCCUUUAACAACAAGUAUGCAUUUUACUAAGACAUAUUAUUUCCAAACUUGUAUAAUCCCUUAAACGGA